UAAUAUACGUAAUAUUAGUUAGUUGUAAGAAAUAUUAGGCACAAGUUAAUUUAAGGUUUAAUUAUAUAUUUGUAAAUUUUAGGACAGAGGUAAAUUUUGUGUUUUUGUAAUAUUUGCUAGCCUUAGAAAUUUAAGCAUUUGAAACUUAAUUUCGUAAUUCCAUAAUUCCUUUGCUUUUGCUAGUUUCAUUGAGUGUCUGCCCUGGUGGUGCUGGUUCCUUUGCUUUUGUUCACUUUUUCUCUUCCAUAAUUCCAGUACCAAUGGCAUCUUCAUCAUCAUCUUCACCACAUGUUAACAUUAAGUCUGGCCCCAUCGAUGCUGAUGUAUUAUGGAUGCAAGCUAAGCAUGUUUCAGAACAUGUUUGGAAUGGGGAAGAAAAUAGGAAAUUGCAUAUCAGACGAGCUGUCCCCACGUAUCAAGGGGAAGAACAAAUUCCUGAGCAAAUUUUUCCUUUUCUUCUACAAUCUGGUUUCGCCUGGAUUAUCAAGAUGGGGUACUUAAAAAUAAAUGCCUCAUUAAUUAGUGCUCUGAUAGAAAGAUGGAGGCCGGAAACACAUACCUUUCACAUGAGAUGCGGAGAAUGUACUAUUACUCUCCAAGACGUCUCUGUAUUGUUAGGUAUAAGUGUGGAUGGUUUACCAUUAAUCGGUCCAACAAAUCUUGAUUGGGCUGAUUUAUGUGAGGAAUUAUUGGGAGUCAGACCACAAGAAGAUGAAAUUAGAGGUAGUGUGGUUAAAUUAAGUUGGCUGACUCACCAUUUUGCCCAAAUAAAUAAUGACGACGACGAAGAACAAGUACGAAAGUUUGCCCGUGCAUGGAUACUGAGAUUCAUUGGAGGUGUCUUGUUCGUUGACAAAAGCAGUAACAAAGUUUCGCUAAGGUACCUUCAAUUUUUACGUGACUUUGAAGAAUGUGGCAGAUAUGCAUGGGGAGCUGCCGUACUUGGUUUUCUAUACAGAGAGAUGUGCAAUGCCACCGAUUAUAAAACUAAAUCAAUCAGAGGUAUGUGUAUCUUACUACAAAUGUGGGCAUGGGAACGAUGUCCAACCUUGGCUCCAAAGAGGACUCCUUCCCAAGUAGAAAAUACACCAUUGGGGCACAGGUGGCUGCGACGUGGAAACCAACAUAUCGGCAAUGAUGAUGUGAGAAUUUUUCGUCGCAAGUUGGAUAUUAUGAAACGUCAUGAGUUUGUGUGGGAGUCGUACCCAUCAACCGUUAUAUCACUGUUGCCUCCCGUUUGUUUAGUCGGAAGUCUCGCGUGGUACGCGGUGGUGCCACUAAUUUGUUUCCAAGUUAUUGAGUGGCACCAACCGGACAGAGUAUUGAGACAAUUUGGGAUGCAGCAACCAAUUCCAGAGUCUCCUUCACAACCCUUAAACAUUCAUGGCAUAACAUUAAAAGGGAAACAUGACGAAAAUUGGGGCCAAUUGUUCGCCCCAAUGAUUGAUCAGUGGAAUAAUCACCAUGCAUUUAGGGUCGACGCUUAUCCCCGACAAGAAGGCCUAUUGAGUUUUAACUCGGACUACAUGGUCUGGUAUAGGCGAAAGACAAAGAUGUUUGUUGACCCAGAAAAUUCAAAGACAACUACAUUGGUUGCUUUAAGUCUCGUCAUGAACAGGAACCAAUCUCGCAUGCCUUCCACACCCCAGCUGCACAGGAAGCAAUCUCGCAAAAAGCACUGGCGAGACCCCUACGUGGAGCAUCUCGCCGUUGGCACUGGCGAGAUGGGUGUGUCGCUUUUAUUGCUGGCAGCAUCAAUGCCCAGUCAGCAUGUAUCGCCAAGAAGAAUGGCGGCACCAGUGCUUGUCGCCUCUGCUGCUGGCGGGACCUUGGUAUCACUCUUCCUGCUGGCGGCUUCCCCAUAA